UUAUUUCCCCGCAAGAUCAAUUUCAGAGCGAUAGAGACAUCGAGAAAUAGACACGGUGCAAGUUUUUACAAGGACAGGAACGUUGUAACUUUCAGCCUUUAAUUAAAAAGGCGGUGUAUGUUAACCGGGAAAAAGGACACUGAACUGAGAAGAAUAACUAGUAACAUUUUUUUCUUCAGAUAAAUAGGCUACGACAUCAUUACAUCAGCAAUACAAGGAAUCGGACUUUUAAAACCACCGGUUUCUGAUUUUUCUGCAGCAAGUAAUCUUACGAGGACAUUAGAGCCAGGAAGGAUGGAAUCAGGCGGCAAGAAAGUCACGUUUCAGCUGAUGCUGGCUGUAGGAGUGGCUGUGAUUGGGUCCCUGCAGUUUGGGUACAACACUGGAGUGAUCAACGCCCCUCAGACGGUCAUUGAAUCCUUCUACAAUGAUACCUGGUUUGACCGAUACCAGGAGCGCAUUCCUCCAACCUCCCUCACCACCCUCUGGUCUGUCUCUGUCGCCAUCUUCUCAGUCGGGGGCAUCUUUGGAUCUUUCUCUGUCGGACUUUUUGUCAACCGCUUUGGGAGGCGGAACUCCAUGCUGUUUUCCAACUGUCUGGCCUUCAUCGCUGCUGCUCUGAUGGGCUUCUCGAAGAUGGGUGCCUCCUGGGAGAUGAUAAUCAUUGGCCGCUUUGUGGUGGGGCUGUACUGCGGGUUGACCACUGGUUUUGUGCCCAUGUACGUGGGUGAGAUUGCUCCCACUGCCCUCCGGGGGGCGCUGGGCACCCUCCAUCAGCUGGGCAUAGUCAUCGGGAUCCUCAUGGCACAGAUUUUUGGGAUGGAGGAGAUUAUGGGCAGUGCCUCCCUCUGGCCCGUCCUGUUGGGUUUCACCUUCAUCCCCGCCGUGGUGCAGUGUGCCAUCCUCCCCUUCUGCCCCGAGAGUCCUCGCUUCCUGCUCAUCAUCCGCAACGAGGAGAACAAGGCAAAGAGCGUUCUAAAGAAGCUGCGUGGCACGACGGACGUGGGUGCUGACAUGCAGGAGAUGAAGGAGGAGAGCAGGCAGAUGAUGAGGGAGAAGAAGGUGACCAUCCCUGAGCUGUUCCGCUCACCUCUGUACAGACAGCCCAUCCUAAUCGCCAUCGUGCUGCAGCUGUCCCAACAGCUGUCAGGAAUUAAUGCUGUAUUCUAUUACUCCACUGAUAUCUUCAGGAGAGCUGGAGUGGCACAGCCAGUGUAUGCCACCAUCGGUGCUGGAGUCGUCAACACUGCGUUCACCAUCGUUUCGCUCUUCAUAGUGGAGCGUGCCGGCCGUAGGUCUCUGCAUCUCAUUGGACUUCUGGGCAUGGCAGGCUGUGCUGUUCUGAUGACCAUAGCGUUGGCUCUGUUGGAAAAGGUGGCCUGGAUGUCCUAUGUUAGUAUCGUGGCAAUCUUCGGCUUUGUGGCAUUCUUCGAGAUUGGCCCCGGACCCAUCCCCUGGUUCAUAGUGGCAGAGCUGUUCAGCCAGGGGCCCCGGCCCUCUGCCUUUGCUGUGGCUGGCUUCUCCAACUGGAUGGCCAACUUCAUCGUGGGCAUGGGCUUCCAGUAUCUCGCGGAAUGGUGUGGGGCCUACGUCUUUGUCAUCUUCACCGUCCUGCUUCUGGUAUUUUUCGUGUUCACCUACUUCAAAGUGCCGGAGACCAAGGGCAGGACGUUCGACGAGAUCUCGGCCGGGUUCCGCCAAGGCUCGGGCUCCAACCCCAGCGAGAAGCACUCCCCUGAAGAGCUCAACAGCCUGGGCGCUGACUCCCAGCUUUAAUCCCUCACUGUCCCCGGGUUUACUAAACACAAGAAACAACACCACGAGGAGCGGACUUCCUAUCUGUAUGUCUGAGUGAUUGUCUACACUGCUGGUAGAUUGAGACUUGCUGUCAUGACAUUUCUGGGGAACAGAAGGGGUUUGUCCACGCUAUUUUUUUUGGCAUACGUGUAGGAAGGGUGAGGCUGAGAGGGGUUGUGUAGUGGGUACUCAUUUUUACUGCAAUUUACUGCUGUUGUAUAACCUCAGCUUUGCUGGCUGAUUUUAUACAACCAUCAGAAUUUGUCAUGUAAAAAUGCUGUGGUUACAGAAAGUCGAUCUUCAGAUUUAAGUCGUCAGGAUUUUGAAGAAUUAAAAAAAAAAAAAAAAAGCAAAGGCUGACCCCUCCUCUACCUUCCCCCUAGUACAAGGACACUUAAGUGUUCACAAGAAUCUACAAACCCCACCCCUUUCCAACAAUUGGCUCAAAUGAUUUGUCGUGGUAACUGUUACAUUCCAAGUUUAUAGGGAAAUAUGUUUAAUGUCAUGGGCUGGACUGAUAGCCCUACGGUUACAAGCACACACUGCUUAUAGCAAUGGCAUGUUUUUUUAUGCUGUUUUAAAGUUUCAUGUUGUGCAAAUAUCGUUUUUAUAAAAGUCGGACAUUGCGUUCCUGGAAGGAGAACUUAACGAAUGUUAUUGUUUUUAUUUUUUUUAACUGUAUGUAAAUAGAUAUAUAUACAUUCGCUUUUAUGAUAAACCCCAUGCAUUUUUUUCUGGACUAGAAAUUGGCAUGAACACGCAAGAGAUGAUCGUGUCAGACUCUUUCAGCAGAACUGUACCUCAGUGUAGUUCAUCGCAUUGCUACGUUUGCAGCUCUGUAGAAAACACACUCCUUUGUAGUGCUAAUAGAUGAGCCAUACAUUUUUCUAUAGAUUUUAUAAGCGUUUUUAGUGCAGAGUAUUUUUCAAUACAAUUCGUCCUCCCUCUACCCGCGCCAAGUCUCUAAAAUCAAUCUCUUAUAUUCAAACCCCUUAUUUUUGUGCGCUUUUGGUUGUUCACUUUUUUUAUAAUGUGAUAUGGGAUAUAAAUACAACACUAGAUACAAUGUAAACUGUCUGAUUGAUAUCCUGUGCUUUAGGUCAACCUCACUCUCAUGACGUGCAGUCAGCAAUAGCAGCAGCAGAAGUUUACAUGUUUAUAGCGUUGCCCUUGAUCUGCAGAAAAGUCAACUACCAAAACAGAAUGGGGGAGGGGAUGAUAUCAUAUAAUAAAGAUAAUACGGAUAAAAAGAACACUGAUUUGAAAUCCUUGGCUAUUACUGAAAACCCCAAAAUGUGUCUGGAAAACUUUGUCCAUGGGGUAGAGUGAUGGGGUGAGGCACCGAUGCUGUUUUUAAAUGUUUCAAAAUGAGCAAUAACGGAAAAUAGACAAUCAAUCACGAAUAUUAUAUCAAAAUUAAAAUCAUGCUAAAAAUAAACAAAGUAAAAAUGUAAAACCCUAAUAAACCAGCAGUACUCGCUGCCCUAAAAUACACCAGCAGAAAUCCCAAGAACUCACAAACAGACCACAAAACUGUUUCACAGUGGUGUCUCUAUUGCGUGAAACCCUACAACUAUACACACCAGUAUCCUAUUUCAUUUUCUAUUGAAUUGAUCCUGCUGUAUGAGGGCUUUUUUUUCUUUUUAAAGCAGCCUGUUUCUCACUGAAAGCUAAAGUUUGUGUGAGUUUUAUGGGGCAGGGAUGGCAAAAUUCCAGUACAGUCAGUAUUAUAUUUUAUUAAUAAUAAUAAUAAUAAUAAAUUAAAAACAGGACUUGUUUAGGAGUGACAUAUCAUGUUUCAAGCAAGUAUCCUAGAUUGUACAUUUUAAUUUUUAAUUUUUAUUUUAAAGUAAUAGGUUACAAUACGUUACAGGUAGUUUGUGUAAGUGGGCCCUGUCUAAAAUGUUUCCCUCCUUGAAGAAGUAGCUCCAGAUUAUGGACUACAAUUCCCACAAUUCUUUGUAAAUAGUCGACCUCUUUGAAAUUUGAACACUUGCAACCUCAGUAGCACAGCAAAACAAAAACAAAAAGGAAUACAAUCUCAGAAUAAAUAAACAAUGUGAGUGAAUGUAAAUCUCCUUAAACCUGAAACGGAUUGCAUCUUAUCGGGACAAAAUUGAAUGUGCAUUCCAGCUUUGAUCAAGCUUUGGGGGUUGGUAUUAAGACAUAAUUGUAGAGCUUGUGUUCGUAAUCAGUGCAGCUCAAGAUGCACAGCUGUCCUCUUGGAUUUGCCUUUCUUGUAAACAGGCAUUGAUCAGACAUAAAACUGUGUCUGGCAUGAACACACGGUAUAGAAAAGCAUGCUUCUGUACUGCAGCUGCAUUCCAAUGAAGGUCAGUUUGUUUUUAAUCUGCAAACCUGCACUCCAUGCUGCUGAAGCCUGAGUGACACAAACAUGCAUCUCUUACAGCGGUACAGCAGCUGCACUGUAAUUCGGAAUUCAACUAGACAUUAGUCAGGAAUUUCAAUCAAAAUGUCAUUUAAAUUAGGAAAGUGGAGUUAAUGUUAACUGCUGAUUGUAUACCUUUUAAUCUGUUCAUAUUGUGACCAUAAUGAAACUUCCAUUUCUUAGGCUUAUAAAUGUUUUUUAUAUUCAUGGUUUAAUAAGUAAUAUGUAAGUGUUUAUAGUUCAAACACUGUAUACUGCCUUUAAAUACAGCAUACUUUUACAAAACACCAAAUUCAGCAUCUAGUAUACUGUACAUAAUGUAACAAAGGCUUUGUUUUUGCAGUUUUUUCUUAAAUAAUAUGCAAAC